AUGGUAAAUGACUACAAGAAAAUUGUUCUACUAAAAGGAUUAGAGGUCAUCAAUGAUUAUCAUUUUAGAAUUGUUAAGUCCUUACUGAGUAAUGAUUUAAAACUUAAUCCAAAAAUGAAAGAAGAGUAUGACAAAAUUCAGAUUGCUGACUUAAUGGAGGAAAAGUUCCCAGGUGAUGCUGGUUUGGGCAAACUAAUAGAAUUCUUCAAAGAAAUACCAACACUGGGAGAUCUUGCUGAAACUCUUAAAAGAGAAAAGUUAAAAGUUGUGAAUAAAAUUGAAUCCAUUCCAGUCAAAGGAAUAACCCCAUCUAAAAAGAUGAAACAGAAAGAAGUGGAUCCUGCUACACCUGCAUCCACCCCAAGCAACCGUCUCACAGCUAAAGGAGCAGAGGAGACUCUUGGACCUCAGAAAAGAAAAAAACCAUCUGAAGAAGAGACUGGAACCAAAAGGAGUAAGAUAUCCAAAGAGCAGACUCAGCCUUCCUGCUCUGCAGAAGCCAGCAUGUCCACAGCCAUGGGCCGUUCCCCACCUCCCCAGACCUCAUCAUCAGCUCCACCCAACACUUCCUCAACUGAGGCAUACUUGAUGAACUUGACAUUAUCUCUGACUGCAGGAAGUUUUCUGUCCUGUGUUGUUUGGGGAAGAGACAGAGAGCUGCAGAAUCUGGAACUUUCAGCAAUGGACUCACUGUCUACUGCCCCCAUCUAUUACACACCCAUUCCCUUUGCUCACUGA